CUGCGAGACCGGGUGUCCGCCCCCCUCUCCGGCACCCAGCAGGUUCGGUUGCGCUCUCGGUUAGCUAGUUCCUGGUCUGAUUCUAGGCCUUGACUAGGAGACGGGAGGGGAGAGUUGUCGCUGCUGAAGAGUAACUGUUCGGUGGGAGGUGGACGGGCACGGUCUAGGCGCGGGGCUAUGCUGCCCGGAGCGUAGCUGCAGGACCACCGUUGCCGCCAUCACCAUCAUGAUCAUAGAGAACGUGGACGCGCUCAAGUCCUGGCUGGCCAAGUUACUGGAGCCAAUAUGUGACGCUGAUCCCUCAGCCUUGGCUAACUAUGUUGUGGCAUUGGUCAAGAAAGAUAAACCAGAGAAAGAGCUGAAAGCCUUUUGUGCUGAUCAACUAGAUGUCUUUCUCCAGAAAGAAACUUCAGGUUUUGUUGAUAAACUCUUCGAGAGCCUAUACACCAAGGAUUACCUAUCUCCCAAUGAACCAGCAAAACCAGAAUUGAAGCCUGUAGGACAGGGGAAAGAAGAAAUUGAAGAGGAGACAUUUCAGGAGUCUUUUGAAGAAGAGCGAGAGAACAAAAAGAAGAAAUAUACAAGCCCACAGAAAAAUCGUCCGGAUCCUAAUGAACAAAGAACUAGAGAGAGAAAAAGAGACGAUGGCAAAUGGAGAGACUACGAUAGAUACUAUGACCGGAACGACUUGUACAGAGACAAAUAUGACUGGCGAAGGGGUAGAAGUAAGAGUCGCAGUAAAAGCAGAGGACUAAGUCGAAGUCGGAGCCGCAGUAGAGGUAGAAGCAAAGACCAGGAUGCAAACAAAGAUAGGGAUGCAAACAGAAAUGUUGAGCACAGAGCCAAAUUCAAGUGUGAAAGGAGUGACAUGGAGAGCUCCUAUAACCCAGUGUCUUUGUCUUCUGUUAACUCUACUGAGCAGUAUUCCUCUGGUGCACAAUGUAUUCCCAGUGCUGUUACUGUAAUUGCACCUGCUCACCAUCCUGAAAACACAACUGAGAGCUGGUCAAAUUACUACAACAAUCAUUCUGCUCCUAAUUCUUUUGGCAGAAAUGUUCCACCAAAAAGGCGUUGUCGAGAUUAUGACGAGCGAGGAUUUUGUGUACUUGGUGACCUCUGUCAAUAUGAUCAUGGAAAUGACCCAUUAGUCGUAGAUGAAGUAUCUUUGCCAAGCAUGAUUCCUUUCCCUCCACCACCUCCAGGACUUCCUCCUCCUGGAAUGUUGAUGCCUCCUACACAAGGCCCAGCUCACAACAUGAGAAUGCCAGGGCCACAAGUACAUCCUCGACCACCACAACCUGUUAGAAUUCCUAUACCAAGACCACCAUUGUCACAAACAAAUCUGAUCAACAACAGAGACCCUCCAGGGACAGCUGCAGUGCCCAGCCUUGCACCAGUGGGAGCAAGACUACCUCCCCCACUACCCCAAAACCUACUAUAUUCCGUAUCAGAACGCAUGGGUUUCCCCACCACCAUCACCCAAGAUACAUAUGAACCAGAUGGCUAUAAUCCAGAGGCUCCUAGUAUUACCAGUGCUGGUAGAUCUCAGUAUAGACAGUUCUUUUCAAGGACGCCAAUGCAGCGUCCAAAUCUUAUUGGCCUAACGUCUGGUGAAAUGGAUACAAAUCCAAGAGCUGCUAAUAUAAUCAUCCAGACUGAGCCUCCAAUUGGCAUUGUGAGCAACAGCACUAAUGUAUCCAGAGUGGUGCUUGAGCCAGACAACAGGAAGCGGAUUUCAAACACUGUUGAAGGGCCAUCUGCCAAGAAACCCUGGAUUGGAAAGCAAGCUAAUAACAACCAGAAUAAGCAAGGAUUCCUGAAGAAGAAUCAGUAUAACAAUACCAAAUUGGAAGUCCGUAAAAUACCACCUGAACUUAACAAUAUUACUCAACUUAAUGAACACUUCAGCAAAUUUGGAACAAUUGUCAACAUUCAGGUUGCCUUCAGGAAUGAUCCUGAAGCUGCUCUGAUUCAGUACUUAACAAAUGAUGAAGCCAGAAAAGCUAUUUCUAGCACACAGGCAGUGUUGAACAAUCGGUUUAUAAGAGUUCUAUGGCACCGAGAAAACAGUGAGCAGCAACCAUUGCUGCAGCUGCAGCAGCAGACGACAACACAACCACCUCUUCCUCACCAACUUCACCUGCAGCAACAAAUGCUGACACAGCCUCCAGCUGUAACAGUGCACAGCAGUAUCCCAAAGGUGGCAACUAAACCACUGACACCAGGUUCCUAUGUCCUUAACAAGGGUCCGAUUAAACAUCGCCUUGGAGUAACUGGUGCAAAUCAGCAAGACUCUCAACAUGUGUUGUUUAACCAACCCAAUGCUUCUUCAGAGGAUGCUCAGAUGUUUUCUACUUCAACUAGCCAUACAAAGAUGGUUUACAGUUCCUCCAACUUGAAGACAUCUAUAAAACCUGGUGCAGGAAACAAAUCUCAUGAUAUCCAAGAAGUUCUUAAAAAGAAACAGGAGGCAAUGAAGCUGCAACAAGACAUGAGGAAGAAGAAGCAAGAAAUGCUAGAGAAACAAAUAGAAUGUCAAAAGAUGUUGAUAUCAAAACUGGAGAAAAGUAAAGGCAUGAAACCAGAGGAAAGAGCAGAGAUCAUGAAGACACUGAAAGAGCUAACAGGGAAAAUCUCUCAGUUGAAGGAUGAACUAAAAACAUCAUCUGCAACUUCUACAACAUCAAAACUGAAAUCCAAAACAGAGGCACAAAAGGAACUUUUGGAUGCAGAAUUGGACUUUCACAAAAGACUGUCCUCAGGAGAAGAUACAACAGAAUUAAGGAAAAAGCUUACCCAGUUACAGGUGGAGGCUGCCCGUUUAGGUAUCUUACCUGUUGGUCGUGGGAAGGUGCUGUCUGGUCAAAGCAGGGGAAGAGGGCGAGGUCGUGGAGGGAGAGGUACAGUGAAUCACAUGGUGGUGGAUCACCGUCCCAAAGCACUAACAAUUGGGGGCUUCGUGGAAGAGGAGAAGGAUGAGUUGCUACAGCACUUCUCAAAAUUUGGAGAUAUAGAAGGCCUUCAAGAGGAGGAAUCUCCUUUAAGUGUUGUUCUAACAUUUAAAUCCCGCUCUGAAGCUGAAAAUGCUGCCAACCAAGGAUUAAAGUUCAAAGAUCGACGACUGCAGAUAUCAUGGCACAAACCUAAGGUACCUUCUGUGUCUACAGAAACUGAGGAGGAGGAACCUAAAGAAGAGGAGACAGAAGCUUCCGAUUUAUUUUUGCCUGAAGAUGAUGACGACGACGACGAAGAUGAAGAUGAAUCUCGCUCCUGGAGAAGAUGAAACUUGAAAUUGAAUCAUAUAGUUUUAGAAUUGUUUGAACUAAAACUUUUAAAUUUUUAUUUAAAAAGUCAAUGAGCCAAAAAGUUGUUUUGUUUUUUUCUUUUCAUAUACACAAGAGAGCAAGUGUGAGUUUGAUAGAUAAAUUUGGCAAAUAAGUAGCCAUGACACUAGAUCAGCCAAAGGCCCAAAACUUAUACAAAGCUGUAAAGAUGGUUGUUAUCCUCUAAAGAUGAGAUGUAUCAGUCUUUCAAGCCAACUUGUGUUCAUUCUGUUUUUAAAAUAUGGAUUGUUUUAUUAAGCUAUCAAUGACUUUACUGGCUUUAUUUAGUAAUGUGGAGUUAAGAUGAGAGUUAUAGGUAAAGUUGUUUUAUACAUCAAUAUUGCUUGGAAUUUGCUAUCUCAAGUCCUUUCAUUAGGUGGCAAAUAAGUUACUUAACUAAGUCAGUUUAACCCUCAAGAAUUACACAUAAUGUGGUUGUGGAUGAGGUUAGUAUCCUACAUUUCACUCCCCAAGAUCUGCUGUCUAGUAUAGACAUGCACAAUUUUUCCCUCCUGCAGAUGUUUGCCUACAACUCCCAUUUUUCUUCACAGUUAGACAGUGGCUGAAGAUGAUGGGAGCUGUAGUUCAGUAACACCUGGAGGGCCGAAGUUAUGCAGCCCUGGUCUAGUAGAACUGUUGUGCAAGUUUGCCCAGCUUGUAUCCACUGUGUUGUAUUCAUUGCCAGCAUUGAUGACAGCAGUCCUGCCAUACUGUUUGGUUCUUAUCAGUCUAAACUUCAGACUGUUGGAUUAAUUUUGGGUGUAGUUGACCAAUCACUGCUGCUAUGAAUUCCAGAUUCAUCUCAGUGGAACGUAUGGGUCUGCUGUGCCAACUCUUCCUGAACUCAUUAAUGUUAACGCAGCUUGGUGAAAUGCAUCCUUUUCUGGUAUUGGUAAAUGCAUGUAGUCUCUUUUUUGUUUAACCAUUAGAACUCAUUCUCCUUCCUCUAUGACUAAAUCAGCUCUCUUUAAUUUUUUAGGCAAAGUCUGUGCAGUAUUCCAAGCAAGUUAUUGUUCUUUAGUCCAAAACGUUCAAAUACAAUUCUAAAAUCAUCCUUACUAAACCAGUACUUGGAAUGAUAGAGCACUUCAAGUCUAUACCAGAGCUACUCAACUUUGGUCCUCCAGCUGUUUUUGGACUACAUCUCCCAUAGUCCCCAGCCACAGCGGCCAAUAGUUAGGAAUUAUGGGAGUUGUAUGCCAACAUCAGUAGGAGCGUCACAGUUGAGUACCCUGAUCUACACAAAUUAAUUUUCUAAAAUGAGUGUUAGGCAAAGGGGACACUAACUUAAAUGCCUCUUUCUGCAUGCCAUCUGGUUUGCCUUUUGUGUGUGUGCUUAAAAAAAACAAAACACAAAACAACAAACAGUAAACGGUGUUGAUGGUGGUUGAAACUGGCUUAAUGUUGUGACUUACCAGGGCAAUAGAUCUUCAGAACUCAUGUGUCUCUUGCUGCUAUUAAGCCUAAACACACUAUCCUGUAGAUUUUUUUUCCUUCACUCUUAGUGCCUCUGUACUGUAUCCCAUACACAGUAGCACCAUGUUCUAUCAGGAAUAUGAAAAGCCAUUAUACUCUGAAUGUUAAAAUCAAAGGAGCAGGGCAAACAUUGUAUCAAUUCCUGUGGUACUAAAAAGCAAAUAAGAAACAAAUAUUAAUUUCAUUUUUUAGGGAUCUUAUAUCUGACUGUAUUACUACAGCUGGUACUUUAUUCACUCUGAGUAUCAGAAGUACUAAAUUAGGAUUUGACUUGUUACUUGAAGUCCGGCACUCUUUCUGUUCCUCCUCUCAGUUUGGUUACUGUUGUUGCAGUAUAUGAAAUUCAAACCAAUAGUUUAGAUUCCAGUGAUCCUUGGAAAGAAAUGUAAUCUGUCAGUGGCUGUUUGCUCUUUGCCCUUUAUGUAAAGGCCUUUGUUUUCUAGAAGAUUGCUACAUUCCUACUAAUGUUGAAUCUCAGUGAAUGAACAUAUAAAGAGAAAAAGCACGCAUAUUGCACAUCCCAACAAGCAAAGCCUUGCUCUUCUCCCAUCACCUGUGAUAUGUUUGGAAUGCUUGUGGCUCAAUAUAUGGUUUGAAUGACCCAUUGCAGCAAGAUGCUUGAAUCUGGACAGUUUAAACGAAUGAUAGAGGGAACAAAAGAUUUAUAUACAUAUAUAUAUACAUAUAUAUAUAUAUAUAUAUUGUACAGGUUUUUUCUUAAAACUGUAUUAUUUUGUAAAUAUUUUGCUUUUUUUGUGUGUACUAAAAUUACCAGCAUCUAGAUUUCCAUAAGAAUUCUUGUAUUUUUGUAUCCAGAAGAUUACAGUGAGUGAAUGAAGCUGUAAGAGAAAUUUCAGUAGCCUUUGAGACAGUUAACCCGGAUGGGAUUCCUUUUCAUAUGGUUUUAAAUAACAUUUUGUUAGCACACUGUUCAGAAGAGGAUGAAUGUCCUUGCUCAUCCAUGUUGGCUUUUUUGGUUCAAAGUGAAAAACGGGCCAAGGGGGAAAGAUAUAUUUAUUGAGCUGUUCUGGGUUAUUUUCUCUCUCUUUCUCUCUCUCUCUCUUUUUUUAUGUGUUGGCUUACAUAAAUCCUCUAGUGACACCUUAAAUGUGAUUUCUAAGCACAGAAGCACAAAAAUGAGUUGUGCCCCUGAACUCAUGUUUUCAAAGCAUACUAUUGUGUUACUGCGAAUGUAAGUGAUGAACAGCAGACUGGUAAUUCAUUUAAUGCAGAGGAGAAGAGAAAACUAGUUCAAAGUGACCUUCAUUUUGACAUAGCUAUGGAUCUCCCUGUGUUAUGUUUUGUAAAACACCAUUUGUGUUUCUAAAUAGGUAGCUUCUGGUAACACUUUAUUUUUUAGUUGCUGUGAAAAUGUCACUUUCACCUUCAUAAGCUAUAAUGGACAGCAUAAUUAAAUCAUAAAUAUACAUUUCAAGUUAUUUAAGAAUUCUAAAAUAAAAUGUUACCACACUAGGAGUGCACCUCACUGACUGCAGUAUAUAGCCGUAUGAAAUCCAGAAUAAUGCCACCGUGUAAAUGGUCAGUGAAUCUCCCACUAAAGCUUACAGAUGUUACUGCUAUUCUUACAUAAACUGUCAAACUGUGGUGUGAAGUCUUUUUUGUUUUGGUUUUCUAAAUUCUACCAAAAAAAGAGCCCAGCAUCUGAAAACUGGUUUGAAAAAUAUAUAUAAUUCCCACAUACAAUGGAACUGCUUCAAAAGUUUUUAACAAAAUCAUGUGAAAAGGAAUAUUAAAUUCCUCUCAAUGUAUAGUAAACUUGUAUUAUAGUUUUUACAGAAUUGUGAACUUGUGUAAUAGUAUAUUAGGAGAUAUUGUUGAAUUUCUAACUGUUUAUACAUUUAAAUUCAUACAUGUAAUGUUUGUUUUAUUGAUUACAAUCUGAAUUUCUAAGGUG